CCGUAGUUACUUUGCCAUACCUCGUGCUGAACCGGUACGGCCCAUAGACCCAGCUGCCUGGAUCUCUCAUACUACCGCACUGACCGGCUCCUUCCCCCAAUACGAGUUUGAUGACCUGCCCCUCACAGUGGGGAAGACAGACAUGGCAACCAUCGUCAAGGUGAUGCAGCUGCCUGGAUCCGGCCUGGAGAUACGAGACCGCAUGUGGCUCAAGAUCACCAUCACUGGUGCUACCAUCGGAGCUGAGGUGGUUGACUGGCUGUACUCCCGAGUGGAGGGCUUUAAGGAUCGGCGUGACGCUCGGAAAUACGCCAGCAGCCUCCUGAAGCACGGCUACCUCAGACACACCGUCAACAAGAUCACCUUCUCAGAGCAGUGCUACUACACCUUUGGAGACCUGUGUCAGAGUGCGUACACACACACACACACACACACACACACCGUCAACAAGAUCACCUUCUCAGAGCAGUGCUACUACACCUUUGGAGACCUGUGUCAGAGUAUGUACACACACACACACACACACACACACACACACAUACCCUCUCACGAAUUCAGGAAGUGCCGGUCCUUUAUAGUGGAGGGACACGCCCGCCCAGGUGGUUAA